GACGUGCCCUGUCUCAAUCAAAUCAACCAAGUCCCAACACUGCACAACCAUCGAGUACAGCUUUCAAUUUGAACCUUCCACAGCCCAGCACUUGAACCCAUACAUAGGACCCGGGUUCCAUCAUUUGGUCCUGCUCGUCCGGUCCCGCACCGGUCACCAAGCUAUCAGUCGGGUUCGGUUUGCCGGUGUCAGUCCCAUCACUGGCUGUCGCAAGCAUCGCUUCUAAAGACAGAAACACCACGCACUCUCAAUUCCGUCCGCUUGCCGACUACCACGCGAUUCCUAUGGACCAACAGUACACCGACGCCCGUGGCCGAUCGCUGUCGGCCGCGUCCACCGGCGGAGGACAGGUCCACGAUCAACAGCAACAGUCUCACAUAAGAAACCACUCGCCGUCUCCAACUCCCUUUCCUAAUUCGAACGAUGGCGUCAACAACGGUUUGGGACUUGGCCUUAUCGAUCCCUCUGCCUCGCAGCAUUUUCAACCUGAAUUUUCCUACGGCGGCCCGAACCCGUUCCAGCAACAUUCGCCCUUCUCACAGCCUGGGUUGGAUUUCAACCAAGGUUAUACAAACCAAUUAGAAAGUCAGGACAACUCGUUUGGUGGCUUGUCGCAACCCGCCUAUUCUCCGAAUCUCAUGGCAUCCAACUUUGGUGACGCCGACUACGGCCUUUUCCCCACGACCACGACCGCGGGCCAGUUCAACGGAUCGCUGUUCAUAACCGAUAACCAGCCUAUCAACAAUGUGGAUCCAAACAUGAUGGCUCAAGGCUCUCACAGCCCGGAGCCGCCUCAUCUGCUCAGUCCAGAGAUAAACUCGCCGGCAUUUGCCCAGGGCCGUUUCCCCAUGACAACAGGAAGGCAUUCGCGCAAUGCAUCUCUGGGCCCAGAGGCUGCUCUUCUUCCAGGGCAGGACUGGAGCCAUAUGCCUCAGUUUCAGGGCCAUCGACGCUCAGCCUCGGAGCUUAGUGAUGUCUCUUCGGUAGCCCAUUCGCCCAACCUUGGGGGAUUGGACAGCUUUGACCCGAUCGAGAACAACCACUCGCCUCUUCAAGGGCCGCAGGCCGAUGCCCUGUACAGUCAGUUGAACGGGAUCAGCAACUUCAGUCUGUCGGACGACCAUAUCGGCAGGAGUCCGUCGCAUAGUCCGGCGGUCUCCCCUCGGAUCCAUCCCCAGCAAUCACCGGACGAGAUCGAUCCGAACCAACCCAACCAUUUUAUGCUACACACACCAGCAAACAGUUUUGGUCCGCCAGCGACCUACAUGCAGCCGCAACAGGAGGCUUUCCCGCAACUGUCACUGGAUGACCCAUCUGGUAUGCAGGCCCAGCAGAGCAUGCCAGCUCCUCCGGCAAUCAACAUCGAUUUCGCUCCAGCGCCCGCUAAGAGCGGGCUGGAUCAGCCCACUAACCUGGACAAUAAUUCACUAGCCCUACCCAACAGAGCUCGAGGGCGGAUGCGACCACGAGCGGUCACGGACCCUUUCAACAAUAGCGGUUACCGAUCUCCUUCUCCUUCGGGAAGUCUUUCGCCGAGCUCGGCUGCGGACCUCAGACCGUCAAGCGCACGUUCACUUUCGCCCAUGGACCGUUCAGGAGCCGGCUCUAUUAAUAGCAGGAGACGCCAGUCUACGUCGUCAGUACCCAACAACGUGAUAGCACUUCGGCUUGCCGACCCCAAUUAUAAUGGUUCUGGGGAAAAUGGAGGUGGCCCGAGAAGGGCUCAGAAGCACCCCGCUACUUUCCAAUGCAAAGUAUGUCCAAAGCGCUUUACCAGGGCAUAUAACCUGCGCUCCCACUUGCGCACACACACCGACGAGAGGCCCUUCAAAUGUACCGUCUGCGAUAAGGCUUUCGCGCGCCAGCACGAUCGCAAGCGUCACGAAGGUUUACAUUCGGGCGAAAAGAAGUUCAUAUGUAAGGGUGAACUUCCUGUUGCUGGUCAACAAUGGGGCUGCGGCCGAAGAUUUGCGCGGGCGGAUGCUCUGGGUCGCCAUUUCCGGUCGGAGGCGGGAAGAAUCUGUAUCAGACCUCUUCUGGAAGCGGAGAACCGUGAACGGCAACGGCAGUAUGCUGAGGCAAUGCAGAAUGCAGCCCAAGGCAUGAUGCAACAGCAGGGCGGCAUGAUGAUGUCGCCUGGUAUGGACCCCAAUGGCGAGUUCCAGAUGGACCCCUUUGUACUCCCACAGGCGCUGUUGGCACAGUAUCCUGCUCUGGCCCUCCUGCCCGCUGGGCCUGCGGCUAUGGGUGAUGGAGCCGGCUUAGAAGAGGAUCUGGGAAGUAAUUACGAAGCUAGCGACUACGAUGAUGUCGAGGAGGGAGGCUACGUUAGCGGUCCAGGGACAGGGUUCGGGCCCGGAAGCAUGCAAGAAGGGUACGGGGAGUUGGGAUAUGCGAGUGACUACGGCGGCCGUUAGGCAUAGUGUCAUGACAUUUCAGGCGAACAACCCUUCGGGGAAAGGGAGGGCGUUGGGUGGUAUACUCUAUUUAUUUAUUGUUUUACAGAUGAUUAUCGGUCACUGUUUGGAUCAGAUGAGAUUAUACGGUGGUGCGCGGUUAUGGUUAUUGUUGUCUUAUACAUUUACUUCUCUGUUUGGAUACACUUAUCCCCCAGCAUUGCAAUUCUUCUUCUUUUGUAUUUGACUGGAAUUAUUUUUGGCUCGAAGACCCGUUUACACAGCGCUUGCAUGCGCGGACGUUGAGCGAACAUAGAAAUAUUGUCUGAUGAGGACAAAUAAAUGUUACAUGUAUGACGAUGUACUCCAUGUUACUUAUACAGAGUUGUUGAAUAAGCUGAUCACAGUUGAUAUCAUCAAAUCCCCCGCAAGUCAGCAUAUAAUACAGCUAUUGAACCCGUGACAGCUACGUUCUUCCCUACAAGUCUUAUUCUGAUGGCUAUGCAGUGAGCCGCCUCGUAAUCUCAUCAUCCGGAUUGAUCGAUAAGCCGCCCCACGCAACCGCAACAUUAAUAUCACAUCACCAUCACCAUUACCAUAUCUCUCGUCAUCCCUCCUCAACCCCACCCAUUUCUCCAUGUACAUACAUAUUUCAAGUCUGUUGUAUCUCCUGUAACAAAGUCCUCCCCCUUCCCGCUCCCGACGCUGCGCCAGACCCCUUGGACGACCUCAACUCUUGCAUCCACUUGGCUACGACCUGGUCCACCACCGUUUGCAAAACCUCGUGGUGGCCCUUUUCGAACUUUGCUUUGACAAAAGGGCGCACGAUGGCUGGACACUCAAUGGUGGCGAUCUCGACCAGUUCGUACUCGUAGUUGUCGAUGGAGGUGCCGGUGACUUUGUUGAUUAGUUUUUUGUUGUUGUUAUUGUCGUCUGCUGUUGCAUGUUUGGAUUUGUUCACAACACCAACAUCAUCGCUACCACCUUUUCGUAGGCCAGCUCUUAGUCCUUGUCCUAGUCCCAAUCCCAGUCCUUGUUCGCCUUCCUGCUGUCCUUGUCCUUGUCCUUGCCCUUCUUCGUUUCCUCCAUUUCCUUUCUGUUCCUGUUCCUGUUCCUGUGGCCGCCCCUUGGCCCGAUAGCGAUGCCGAACCUCAUAACUGCUCCUCACCACCACCGCCCCCGCCCCUGCCGCCGGCGCUACUGCCUUACACCGAACUCCGUAGCCAAAGCUCUGAAAGGUACAAGGCACGGAAACUUCUUUGCUUCCUAGUAAGGAGCCGCCGCCUAGCCAGUCCGGGAGGGGAAGAAGGGGAACGGAGUCGGUGAUGAGGAACGAUUGAGGGUUAAAGCCGUCUGGUCCCGGAGGGUGGAAGAAGGAUGGGUCGUCGGUGAGGGAUGGAGGGAGGGGGUGGGGAGAGUUAGAGGAGGAAGGGGAAGAGGGUGAGGAACUUGAAGAGGAGGUCGGGAGAGGAAGGGGAAGGGAGAUGUAGGAUUUUAGGUAGGGGUUGGCGGUGAUGAGGGGGAC